GAGAAGACAGGAGAAUCUGGUGAAGCCCAGGUGGAGGAACAUAAAGGUUAAGACCAAUGCAUGAACCCAAUUCGUGGGUGGGUCCCCUGUUCCUGUUUAGCCGCACAUUUGUCAAAUGCGUAACGGCAACUUUUGGCUUUUGGGUAUAACUUUUGUUUUGUCGUGUAAUAAUAUUUACUGGUUUCCUCUAAAUUGAGGACCCAAUCCUUUCCAUUUUCAUGACUUCGCUCCUUCAAUCCUCCACCUUAGUUUUAUGAACCAGACCAAAAGCAGACAUUUUUAUUUUAUUUAUUCAUUUAGAAGUAUCACUGCACAUUGCAUUAUUACAUAUACAUACAUAUUUAUCUCAUCGGAGCCACCCACAAACACAAACACAAUCUCCCGAUCCAAUCUCUCAGCCCCUUCGUUGUUUUGUUUCUUGAUAAAUCUGCUGCGAGUGAUAUAUAUAUAUAUAUAAUGAAUAUGAUGGAUGAUAUGGAGACUAAAGCCAUGCUUUCAAGAAGUUGGAAUGGUACGAGUAGUAGUGUUGGUGGUAGUAGUACCAACCACCAGAGGCGGCGUCGACCCGCAGGAAAACAGCCGCCACGUCGCCAGAAAUCUAUCAGGCAGGAUAUUGGCCGCGCUGCUGCUGAGACUUAUCUUGUCACCCACCUUAGCUUCACUCUUCUCCGAUGUCUCGGGGUAGGUUACCGGUGGAUGAAUAGAUUGUUUGCCCUUGCUUGUUAUGCUAUGUUACUUAUGCCCGGUUUUCUCCAAGUUGCCUAUUAUUAUUUUUUUUCUAGCCAAGUCCGGCGGAGUGUUGUUUAUGGAGAUCAACCGAGAAAUAGGUUGGACCUAUUUUUACCAACAACUAGUGAUGGACAAAAGCCAGUUGUGGUGUUCGUAACUGGUGGAGCGUGGAUCAUUGGGUACAAAGCAUGGGGUUUGCUUCUGGGAAGGCAGUUGGCAGAGAGAAAUAUCAUAGUUGCAUGCAUUGAUUACAGAAAUUUUCCCCAGGGAACUAUCAGUGACAUGGUGAACGAUGUUUCUGAGGGGAUCUCAUUUGUUUGCAACAACAUUACUGAUUAUGGAGGUGAUCCUAAAAGGAUUUAUCUAAUGGGACAAUCAGCUGGUGCACAUAUAUCUUCUUGUGCUCUCUUGGAACAAGCAAUCAAAGAAUCUAGGGGAGAGAGCAUCUCGUGGAGUGUUUCCCAGUUCAAAGCUUAUUUUGGUUUAUCUGGAGGGUACAAUUUAUUUAAUUUAGUAGAUCACUUCCACAGUCGCGGCCUCUAUCGUUCCAUUUUUUUAAGCAUUAUGGAAGGACAACAGUCCUUUGAACAAUUUUCUCCUGAAGUUAGAGUAAAGGAUCCAAGCAUUAGAGAUGCUAUUUCUCUCCUGCCUCCUAUUAUACUUUUUCAUGGAACCUCAGAUCUCUCUAUACCAUCAGACGCCAGUAAAACUUUUGCGGAUGCUCUUCGCGGGGUGGGAGCCGAAGCUGAGCUAAUUUUGUAUGAAGGGAAAACUCAUACAGAUUUGUUUCUGCAAGAUCCUCUUAGAGGCGGUAAAGAUGAUCUAUUUGACCAUAUUGUUUCCGUGAUACAUGCCGAUGAUAAGGAAGCUCUUGCCAAUGAUGCUAUGGCACCUCCAAGAAAACGUCUUGUUCCUGAAAUUUUGUUAAGAAUGGCUCACCAUAUCAGCCCCUUUUAGGCCUUACACUUCUCAAGGUCAAUCACCAUGCCAUGGAGUGUUUCCAAGACCUCUCAAUGUGGGGCGGUUGUAUUAUGCCCAAUUCCUGCACCUUUAUCAUUUAGUCAUCAUUUAUUGAUUACUAAGCUAGUUAAUUUAUCCCAUUUGAUAGUAUCAUUUUGAGAGAUAAAUAGGUUUACCAAGUGCUUUAAAACCGUCGUGAGAAAUAUGAGAAAUUGUUGAACUCUAUUCCACUUUAUUAGUCCUACCCACAAGCCAAGAUAGGCUUCUUAAAUGGGGGAUAGUUCACCUUCAACCUUUCUCAUGUUACAGAUGAAAAAUUUCUUCAUAUCUUGUUAAAGGUUUACAGAACUUGUUUUGAGGAAAUUGAAUAUAAUAUCAAUUCUGUCCCAUCUCCAA